GUUUUGCCCAAAUUCUUUUUAAACCCUCCUUGAAAUCCAUUGGAUAGCUCUCUCCAUGGCUUCUCUCACACGUGUCCUCCUACCAACCUUUUCACAAUUUCCUCAUCAUUCUUCCACUUCUACCUGCACCAAAAUUUAUACAAUUUCUUCCACAACCCGAAGGAGAUUCUCAGUUUUCUCGAUGUCGGAAUCCAACCGCACCACCGUCCUCGUCACCGGAGCUGGUGGCAGAACUGGUCAAAUAGUUUAUAAAAAGCUGAAGGAGAGAUCAACCGAGUAUAUUGCAAGAGGUUUGGUUAGAACUGAAGAAAGCAAGGAGAAAAUUGGUGGAGAAGAUGAUGUUUUCAUUGGUGGAAGACCUGAAUUCUAUUUUGAAGAAGGAUCAAACCCUGAACAAGUUGAUUGGGAAGGGCAGAAAAAUCAGAUAGAUGCUGCUAAAGCUGCUGGAGUGAAGCAAAUUGUUCUUGUGGGGUCCAUGGGUGGAACAAAUAUUAACCACCCUUUAAACAGCUUGGGAAAUGGGAAUAUACUGGUGUGGAAGAGAAAAGCUGAACAGUAUCUAGCAGACUCUGGCCUUCCAUACACAAUUAUAAGGGCUGGGGGAUUGCAAGACAAGGAAGGUGGGGUCCGCGAGCUGCUUAUUGGGAAAGAUGAUGAGCUUCUUGAGACUGAAACCAAAACCAUUGCAAGACCAGAUGUGGCUGAAGUCUGUAUUCAGGCAUUGCAAUUUGAGGAGGCGAAAUUUAAGGCGUUUGAUCUUGCAUCCAAACCUGAGGGAAGUGGGACCCCAACAAAAGAUUUCAAGGCUUUAUUUUCACAAGUCAAUACUCGGUUUUAAGCUACAUACAUACAUGUCUUGCCAUUUGUGCAAUGACAGGAAUGUUGAUUAUAAGAAUCAAUGAUGAGUUGUAAUAAUUUCGGAUAUUUUCAAAUUAGAAUUAUUCGAGAAUUUGAAUUUGAGAAUUAUGAUAUUUGAGAUGGUAAAAGGUUGUGGAAGGCAUUUCGAGACUGAAGUUUAUAUUUUGGUG